AUGACACCUACAAUGGAGUCGGGUAUGGAUUCGAGGGAGUUUUCAACAUGUCCCAUGGAGCAUAGAACCACCCCCACUGCCAUAUAUUCAUGGAGACCUCCAUCACCACCCCAUAUCCAUAUACCACCAAUCGUCAGUACGAAUGCUCCAAUCGUUUUAUCGGAAUAUCGCGGAUUGGAUGAUGAAGAAGAGACUCGAAAGAUAUUAAGCAUGAUCACAAAAGGUCAAAAUGUAUCUGUGGAAAGAUCUGACUGGAAAUAUGAGAUGCGACGCCAUAUUCAAGCCAUCUUAUCUUUCCUUUAUCUUGGACCAUCCUCAGGCGCAAGAGAGAUUGAAACAUUGAAAAGGGAAGGAAUCACCAUGUUACUUGUGAUCAGAGAUACUAUGACGGCACAGGCAAGAAUUUUGAGCGGCGCAAAGGUGGCACAACAGUUGGGCAUUGAAGAUGGUGCCGUGGAUGUUAGCGGAAACAUGGAACUUAUUGCCGCCUUUCCUCGAGCCAUUCAAACAAUAAAUGACCAUCUCAUUCGAGUAUUUAGACACCGGAAUCCUCAAGGGGUAAACAGUAGGCCAUUGGCUGCAACACCAAAGGUUCUUCUCUUCUGCGAAUCUGGAAACGAAAGAUCUGCUGCUGUCGCCGUAGCAUAUAUUAUGGCGACUUAUGAGUUAGGUCUGAUCGAAGCCAUACAAAGAAGUGUCACUCAAACCCGACAAGCUGAGGCAACUGUAUCAUUGAAAUCAAAGAGACGGCUCGAGGUGGAUGAUGAGGAUGGUGAUGUGGACAUGGGUCAAUCUCAACGGGAUGACUGGGAUAGAUUUGGUGGACGGACGAAGUUUAGUCCGUUUAUUUAG